AAAAAAAAUUAAAAAUGAGACAUUAUUAUUAUUAGCUAGCUCAAUUCAACCCUUUUCCAUUUCUUCUCUUCCGCAGCUCUAAUCUAAUCUAACCCAAUGAAACCGUAAAAACCAAACCCCUCUUCUUCUUACCACCACCGCAAUCCAAUUCCAAACCUUCCCUUAUAUAAUUACAAAAACAAAAUAUACUCUUAAAUUAGAAAACCAAACCCCAUUAACCUCUCUCUCUCUCUCUCUCUCUCUCUACCUCUUAAGAAUUUUCCCCCUUUAUUUAAACUCUUCCCAGCUUCUUCUUCUGAUUCUGCUUCACCUUGAUUCUUGAGAUCUGCAUUUCCUGGAACUUCAAGACCACUGAGAAUUAAGUUCUAGUUUCUUUUUGACAUAUUUCGCUAAUGGGGGAUGCGGAAAAUGCUCUUCCACCCUCGAAGAAGAGGGCUGCCGGAAGGGAAAUCUCUCGAGAUAACCCAGGUCUUGAUGAUGACGAUGAUGUUUCCGAGCAAGAAAGUGGAACAUUCAAAAGAGCCAGUGAGGAGGUCUUGGCAACAAGAAGAAUCGUCAAAGUUCGUCGACAGCCCUCUGCUCCCUCUUCCAAUCCUUUUGCAGGGAUCAAGUUGCUUCCUACGACAGAAGCACAAACUGCUGGUGAGAAAACAGUGUCAGGUGAUGUAGAUGGACAGCCAAAAAUCAGUGCUGAGAACGAGAAGGAUAAAGAUGAUGAUAAUAAGCAGUCUGAAGUCAAGGAUAAUAAUGCUGAGGUGCAAGUGGAGAGUAAGGCUGAGGCCAACAUCGAGGGUGAGGUUAAUGCAGAAUCAGCUGCAGAGGAGAAAAGUUGUACUGUCAUUGAUGAAGUGAAGCCAGUUACAGAUAAUGAACCAGCUCUAAGCGAACAUAAGACUGAAAACGAUGAGAAGAGUGGGGAUGAUGAUAAGAAAGAUGAGAAGACUGAAAAUGUGGACCCAAGUGGAGAAGGUACUCCUUUGAGUUCAUUUCAACAGCUUUCAAGUAGCCAAAAUGCUUUUACUAAUCUUUCCGGAACUGGGUUUUCCUCGUCUACAUUUUCCUUUGGCUCUAUUGCAAAGGAUGGAUCAUCUGCAUUUGGCACAAGUUCUGUUUCGCUUUUUGGAUCGAAAACUGAUCAACCAUCUUUUGGUCUUGGUCUCUCUAACAAUGGAAACUCUUCCCUUUUCGGCACAUCAAGCACAUCUGCUGCUGUAUCUAAGAGUGAAGGCAGCGGUUUCCCAUCAAUGCAAGAGGUUGAACUUGCGACCGGGGAAGAAAAUGAGGAAGUUGUUUUCAAUGCAGAUUCUGCCUUGUAUGAAUUCAUGGAGGGAGGCUGGAAAGAACGUGGAAAGGGUGAACUCAAGAUCAACGUUUCAAAACCUGACAAGGACAAGGCCAGACUUCUCAUGAGAACAAAGGGAAAUUACCGGUUAAUCUUGAACGCUAGUCUAUUCCCAGACAUAAAGCUCACAAGUAUGGACAAGAAAGGCGUAUCCUUUGCCUGUGUGAACAGUAAUAGCGAAGGUGGAGGCGGUUUCUCUACAUACGCAUUGAAAUUCAAAGACCCUUCCAUAGUCGAAGAGUUUCGUGGUGCUGUAACCGCAUACAAAGGCAAGGCUUCUUCGGAUGUGAACACCCCAGAGAAUUCACCCAAGGCUACUACUGAUGAGUGAUGAGUUGAUGAUGAUGAUGAUGAUGUUCAUUUGCGGAUAUUUUUCUGUCAUGAAGGUUUGCCAUUAUUAUCAUCCUAUGGCAACUGUUAUCUUUCAUUGCAAACAUAUUAUUACAAGGAAGCUGUUUAGAAUUCGGGAAUGUUAAAGCAAGCCCCUUUUGUAGCAGAGUCAUAGACGUGGCCUUUUCUUUUUGUUGUAGCUUAAAUCCGUUCUAGUAUUUUGGGAAAGUUUUGAACUUUCAGACUGAGACUGCAUAGAAAUGUUUGACACAGUUUUAUAGCUGGCCUAUUAUCAUUAUUAUUAUUAUUAUUAUUAUGAGAUA